CACCAAAAACCGAAUGGUUAUACCUACCGGAUUGUUGCUUACAGCGGCUUACUCUCGUGUUUUCUUUUUUGUUCAAUGUUCAUAAUUCAUUCGUUUUGACUAUAUAGUGUAUACUUGUACGUUACAAACUGUGAACUUAUAAGUUUUAGUUAGGUUGUUGUGAAACAUGACAUUUUUCAUAAAAUACGUUAAUUGAAGUUAUUGUAAAAUGUGACUUGUCCUUAAACGCCAGUACAGUAUUAAAGUUUAUUGAACCAUGUCCAUCCCACCUUUUAUGUUGGGUGGAAACCCAUGGGCUCAGAUGAUAGUUCAACAACAACAGCAGCAAAUCGCUGCUGUACAGGCACAAGCACAAGCACAAGCCGCCCAUGCUCAGGCCGCUGCUGUCCAUGCUCAGAUUCAAGCUCAACAAAUGGCAAUGCAUCAGAUGUCAUCAGCUCCUCCUCAUAGAAUACCUGAACCUCUAAGUGAAGAGAAACUACAAGAAAAAUCACAAAAAUGGCAACAGAUUCAAUCCAAAAGAUUUGCAUCCAAACGAAAGUUUGGUUUUGUCGACGCGCAAAAAGAAGACAUGCCUCCUGAGCAUAUACGUAAAAUCAUAAGAGAUCAUGGUGAUAUGAGUAGUCGCAAAUAUCGUCAUGAUAAAAGAGUUUAUCUUGGAGCUCUUAAGUAUAUGCCACAUGCAGUUUUAAAACUAUUAGAAAAUAUGCCUAUGCCUUGGGAACAAAUCAGAGACGUCAAAGUGUUGUAUCACAUUACUGGUGCAAUAACAUUUGUCAAUGAAAUUCCUUGGGUUAUUGAACCAGUUUACAUAGCUCAAUGGGGAACUAUGUGGAUUAUGAUGAGAAGAGAAAAACGUGACAGACGACAUUUCAAACGAAUGCGUUUUCCACCAUUUGACGAUGAAGAACCACCCUUAGACUAUGCAGACAAUGUUUUAGAUGUCGAACCACUUGAAGCUAUUCAAAUUGAUUUAGAUAACGAAGAAGACGUUGCUGUUGCUAAAUGGCUUUACGAUCAUAAGCCGCUAGUAAACACGAGGCAUGUAAAUGGGUCUACUUAUCGAAAAUGGAAUUUGACGUUACCACAAAUGGCCACAUUAUAUCGUUUGGCUAAUCAACUUUUAACCGAUCUUGUUGAUGACAACUAUUUUUAUUUGUUCGAUCCUAAAUCAUUCUUCACUGCAAAAGCUCUAAACAUGGCUAUACCCGGAGGACCUAAAUUUGAGCCGCUUAUCAAAGAUUCAAAUCCUGCUUUUGUUCGAGAUGAGGAUUGGAAUGAAUUUAACGAUAUUAACAAAAUUAUAAUUCGCCAACCUGUACGUACUGAAUAUAGGAUAGCUUUUCCAUACUUGUACAACAAUCUUCCACAUUAUGUUCAUUUAUCAUGGUACCAUGCCCCUAAUGUUGUGUAUAUUAAAACAGAAGAUCCAGAUUUGCCAGCAUUUUAUUUUGAUCCCUUAAUUAAUCCUAUAUCUCAUAGACAUUCUGUAAAAAUCAACGAACCGGUUUUUGAUGAAGACGAAGAGUUUGAAUUGCCACCAGAAGUUCAACCAUUCCUUCAAGAAACGCCCGUUUAUACCGAUAAUACAGCAAAUGGAAUAGCUUUACUAUGGGCUCCCAGACCUUUCAAUAUGCGAUCUGGACGUUGUAGAAGAGCUAUUGAUGUGCCAUUAGUUAAAAGUUGGUAUAGAGAACAUUGUCCACCUGGCCAGCCAGUAAAAGUUCGUGUUAGCUAUCAAAAGCUGUUAAAAUAUUUUGUGUUGAAUGCUCUAAAACACCGACCGCCUAAACCACAGAAAAAAAGAUAUUUAUUCCGAUCAUUUAAAUUUACUAAGUUUUUCCAAACAACAACAUUGGAUUGGGUCGAAGCUGGCUUACAAGUAUGCAGACAAGGAUACAACAUGUUAAAUCUAUUGAUUCAUCGUAAAAAUCUUAACUAUCUACAUUUGGAUUAUAAUUUCAACUUGAAGCCUGUGAAAACUUUAACUACCAAAGAGAGAAAAAAAUCCAGAUUUGGAAAUGCUUUUCAUUUAUGCCGAGAAAUUCUGCGGUUGACCAAGUUGAUUAUCGACUCGCACGUACAGUAUAGAUUAAACAAUAUAGACGCUUUUCAAUUGGCCGAUGGGUUACAAUAUGUAUUUGCUCAUGUUGGGCAACUGACGGGCAUGUACCGUUAUAAGUAUAAGCUUAUGAGACAAAUACGAAUGUGCAAAGAUCUAAAACAUCUUAUUUAUUAUCGUUUCAAUACUGGACCUGUGGGUAAAGGUCCAGGCUGUGGAUUUUGGGCUCCUGGAUGGCGCGUAUGGUUGUUCUUCAUGCGCGGUAUUACACCGUUAUUAGAACGAUGGUUGGGUAAUUUAUUGUCCAGACAGUUUGAAGGAAGACAUUCAAAAGGUGUUGCUAAAACUGUUACUAAGCAGCGUGUUGAAAGUCACUUCGAUUUAGAACUUCGCGCUUCUGUUAUGCACGAUAUAGUGGAUAUGAUGCCGGAAGGAAUAAAACAAAACAAAGCUAGAACGAUUUUACAACAUCUGUCCGAAGCUUGGAGAUGUUGGAAAGCUAACAUCCCGUGGAAAGUUCCUGGGUUACCUACUCCCAUUGAAAAUAUGAUUCUUCGAUAUGUAAAAAUGAAAGCCGACUGGUGGACAAAUACCGCUCAUUAUAACAGAGAACGUAUCCGUAGAGGAGCUACGGUUGAUAAGACAGUGUGUAAGAAAAAUUUGGGUCGUUUAACUCGAUUAUAUCUAAAGGCAGAACAGGAACGACAACACAACUAUCUAAAAGAUGGUCCAUACAUAUCUCCAGAAGAAGCCGUUGCAAUUUAUACAACUACUGUCCAUUGGUUAGAAUCAAGACGUUUUGCUCCUAUACCUUUCCCACCUCUUUCCUAUAAACACGACACAAAAUUAUUAAUCUUGGCUCUUGAACGCUUGAAAGAAGCAUACAGUGUAAAAUCUCGGCUAAAUCAGAGUCAACGAGAAGAACUUGGAUUAAUUGAACAAGCCUAUGACAAUCCUCAUGAAGCUCUUUCAAGAAUUAAACGUCAUCUUUUGACUCAAAGAACGUUCAAAGAAGUAGGAAUAGAAUUCAUGGACUUGUAUUCUCACUUGGUACCUGUUUAUGAUGUAGAACCAUUAGAAAAAAUUACAGAUGCUUAUUUAGAUCAGUACUUGUGGUAUGAAGCUGACAAACGUCGUUUGUUUCCUCCAUGGAUCAAACCAUCCGACACUGAACCUCCACCAUUGCUUGUAUACAAAUGGUGUCAAGGUGUAAAUAAUUUACAAGACGUGUGGGAUGUCAGCGAAGGCGAAUGCAAUGUUUUGCUUGAAUCUAAGUUUGAAAAAAUCUAUGAAAAGAUAGAUUUGACAUUACUGAACAGAUUGCUGAGGUUGAUAGUGGAUCAUAACAUUGCUGAUUACAUGACUGCCAAGAGUAAUGUCAUCAUAAAUUAUAAGGACAUGAACCAUACAAACAGUUAUGGUAUAGUUAGGGGUUUACAGUUUUCAUCGUUUAUAGUUCAAUAUUAUGGAUUAGUUUUGGAUUUGUUAGUUUUGGGACUGCAGAGAGCAUCCGAAAUGGCUGGACCCCCUCAAAUGCCUAAUGACUUUUUAACAUUCCAAGAUGUUCAAACCGAAGUGGCACAUCCUGUACGGCUUUAUUGUCGAUACAUCGAUAGGGUGCACAUAUUCUUAAGGUUUACUGCUGAAGAAGCUAAAGAUCUAAUACAGCGUUACUUAACUGAGCAUCCAGAUCCUAACAAUGAAAAUAUUGUUGGUUACAACAACAAAAAAUGUUGGCCUCGAGAUGCUAGAAUGCGUUUGAUGAAGCAUGACGUGAACUUGGGAAGAGCUGUUUUUUGGGAUAUUAAGAACAGGUUGCCACGUUCAACUACUACGAUACAAUGGGAAAACAGUUUUGUGAGCGUUUAUUCAAAAGACAAUCCUAAUCUGUUAUUCAACAUGAGUGGUUUUGAAUGUCGUAUUUUACCCAAAUGCCGUACAAUUCAUGACGAACUUACACAUCGAGAUGGUAUUUGGAAUUUACAAAACGAAAUCACCAAAGAAAGAACUGCUCAGUCAUUUUUGCGAGUUGAUGACGAAUCAUUGCAAAGAUUCCAUAAUCGGGUUAGACAAAUUUUAAUGGCUAGUGGUUCGACAACAUUUACAAAGAUUGUCAACAAAUGGAAUACGGCACUUAUUGGAUUGAUGACUUAUUUCCGUGAAGCUGUUGUAAAUACUCAAGAACUAUUGGACUUAUUAGUGAAAUGUGAAAACAAAAUUCAAACACGUAUCAAGAUUGGUCUCAAUUCGAAAAUGCCUUCAAGAUUCCCUCCCGUGGUGUUUUACACACCUAAAGAGCUCGGCGGUUUGGGAAUGUUGUCUAUGGGUCAUGUUUUAAUUCCUCAAUCUGAUUUAAGAUGGUCAAAACAAACCGAUGUGGGCAUCACUCAUUUUCGUUCAGGAAUGAGUCAUGAUGAAGAUCAGUUGAUUCCAAAUUUAUAUCGUUACAUACAGCCUUGGGAAUCAGAGUUUAUUGAUUCUCAGAGAGUAUGGGCAGAGUAUGCAUUAAAAAGACAAGAAGCCAAUGCACAAAACCGACGUUUAACUUUGGAAGAUUUAGAAGACAGUUGGGAUAGAGGUAUUCCCAGAAUCAAUACCUUGUUCCAAAAAGACAGACACACUCUUGCCUACGAUAAAGGUUGGAGAAUUCGAACAGAGUUCAAACAAUACCAGGUUCUCAAGCAAAAUCCUUUCUGGUGGACUCAUCAAAGACACGAUGGUAAAUUAUGGAAUUUGAAUAAUUAUCGUACAGACAUGAUACAAGCAUUGGGUGGUGUCGAAGGUAUAUUGGAACACACAUUAUUCAAAGGAACUUAUUUCCCAACAUGGGAAGGUCUAUUUUGGGAAAAAGCGUCUGGUUUUGAAGAAUCUAUGAAGUAUAAGAAACUUACUAACGCUCAACGUUCGGGUUUGAAUCAAAUACCAAAUCGUCGGUUUACAUUGUGGUGGUCACCAACUAUUAACCGUGCUAAUGUAUACGUCGGUUUCCAAGUGCAACUUGAUUUGACUGGAAUAUUCAUGCACGGAAAAAUCCCUACACUGAAAAUUUCUUUAAUUCAAAUAUUCAGAGCCCAUUUAUGGCAAAAAGUACACGAAUCUAUUGUAAUGGAUCUUUGUCAGGUGUUUGAUCAAGAACUAGAUGCAUUAGAAAUCGAAACCGUCCAAAAAGAAACUAUUCACCCUCGUAAAUCGUACAAAAUGAAUUCAUCUUGUGCUGACAUAUUACUGUUUGCUGCUUAUAAAUGGAACGUUUCCAGACCAUCGCUUUUAGCAGAUUCAAAAGAUACUAUGGAUAAUACAACCACUCAAAAAUAUUGGCUAGAUGUCCAACUUCGCUGGGGUGAUUACGACUCACACGAUGUUGAACGUUAUGCUAGAGCUAAAUUUUUGGAUUAUACUACUGACAAUAUGUCAAUAUAUCCCUCACCCACUGGUGUACUAAUUUCAAUUGACUUGGCUUAUAAUUUACACAGUGCAUAUGGUAAUUGGUUCCCUGGUUGUAAACCUUUAAUUCAACAAGCCAUGGCAAAAAUUAUGAAAGCUAAUCCUGCUCUGUAUGUAUUGAGGGAACGUAUCCGUAAAGCCCUGCAACUAUAUUCGUCUGAACCUACCGAACCUUACUUAUCGAGUCAAAACUACGGAGAGUUGUUCUCUAAUCAAAUUAUUUGGUUUGUUGACGACACCAAUGUAUACAGAGUAACUAUUCAUAAAACUUUUGAAGGUAAUUUAACGACCAAACCAAUAAAUGGUGCGAUUUUCAUAUUCAACCCACGUACCGGACAACUGUUUUUAAAAAUUAUUCAUACUUCGGUUUGGGCUGGUCAGAAACGUUUGGGACAAUUGGCUAAAUGGAAAACUGCUGAAGAAGUUGCAGCUUUAAUUCGGUCUUUACCAGUUGAAGAACAACCCAAACAAAUUAUUGUUACUCGUAAAGGCAUGUUAGAUCCCCUUGAGGUGCAUCUUUUGGAUUUCCCUAAUAUUGUAAUCAAAGGAUCAGAACUGCAAUUACCUUUCCAAGCAUGUUUGAAAGUUGAGAAGUUUGGUGAUCUUAUAUUAAAAGCUACUGAACCUCAGAUGGUUUUGUUCAAUUUGUACGAUGAUUGGUUGAAAACAAUUUCUUCUUACACGGCAUUUUCUCGAUUAAUUUUGAUCCUGAGAGCUUUGCAUGUUAACACUGAGCGUACCAAAGUAAUAUUGAAACCAGACAAGACAACUAUCACUGAACCACAUCAUAUUUGGCCUACGCUGAGUGACGAUGAAUGGAUUAAAGUGGAAGUACAACUAAAAGAUUUGAUUUUAGCCGACUACGGAAAGAAAAACAAUGUGAAUGUUGCAUCUUUGACACAAUCUGAAAUUCGAGAUAUUAUUUUGGGAAUGGAAAUAAGCGCUCCGUCUGCACAAAGACAACAGAUCGCUGAAAUAGAAAAACAGACCAAGGAACAAUCACAAUUGACAGCGACUACAACGCGAACUGUUAAUAAACACGGAGAUGACAUCAUUACUUCCACUACUUCUAACUAUGAAACUCAGACUUUCAGCUCCAAAACCGAGUGGCGAGUCCGUGCAAUUUCCGCAACAAAUCUCCACCUCCGUACAAACCAUAUUUACGUGUCCUCAGACGAUAUUAAAGAGACUGGUUAUACGUACAUAUUACCUAAAAACGUUUUAAAGAAAUUUGUCACAAUAUCCGAUCUCCGUGCUCAGAUUUGUGGAUAUUUGUAUGGCGUUAGCCCUCCAGAUAAUCCCCAAGUGAAAGAAAUCAGAUGUCUUGUGAUGCCUCCUCAAUGGGGAACACAUCAGACUAUACACGUACCGUCGCAGUUGCCGAAUAAUCAUCAUUAUCUUGCCGACAUGGAACCACUCGGAUGGAUACACACGCAACCCAAUGAAUUACCUCAACUAUCACCACAGGAUAUAAGUACACAUGCUAAAAUAAUGUCUGACAAUGCCUCUUGGGACGGAGAGAAAACUGUAGUCAUUACUUGCAGUUUCACUCCAGGUUCAUGUUCGUUAACAGCUUAUAAGUUAACUCCCAGUGGAUUUGAAUGGGGACGUCAAAAUACAGACAAAGGUAAUAAUCCUAAAGGAUAUUUGCCGAGUCAUUAUGAAAAAGUACAAAUGCUGUUAUCGGACAGAUUCCUUGGAUUUUUCAUGGUUCCCGCACAAGGAUCGUGGAACUAUAACUUUAUGGGCGUGAGACACGAUGCAAACAUGAAGUAUGAACUUCAGUUGGCCAAUCCAAAAGAAUUCUACCACGAGAUUCACCGACCGGCACAUUUCUUGAAUUUCUCGUCUUUAGAAGACGGAGACGGAGUCGGCGCUGAUCGAGAAGAUGUAUAUGCUUAAUGUGUAUUCUAAUUAUUUUAUGUUAAGCUUAGGUUUUAUAAUAGUAUAAUGAUGAUUUUUUUUUCAAAAUAUUGCUGUUACUGAAUUGAUAAUCGACAGCCAUAGAAGACUGUCAUAGUCAUUGUCAAUAUAUUUUUACUUUAAUGAUACUU